AUGGAGGCCCAGACAGGUCCUAGCUACCGCGGUCUAUUCCUCUUGGGUCGUCUAUUCUUCUUGGGUCGUGCCUACCGAGCCGAAGAGCGCGUGGGACAGACAAGGGCAGCAUGGAUGAAUGCGGGUUUCGGUGCACUGGAGGGUCACUGCGGCUUGAGUGGCAAGAGGACCCGUGGCGGCAGCAGGUUUGCCAAGCGGGAGGGCAGAGGUGGUGACAGCUCUAUCUCUGAAGGCGACUGCCGACCCCAGCCUGCAGACGUCCUGCUGGAGCGGAACCGGGAGGAGCAGGGAGGCUCUGAGCAUGCUCAGAGCUCAGAGUUAGUGCUGCUGCCGGCGGCCCGCCCAGCCUCGUGUCAGCCCACAGUCUCCAGCGGCCGGGCCAUGCCUCUGCUGCUCUCCUUGAUCUUUGAGUCCCCACCCAGGGUGCGGCUGGUGGGAGGCGCCCACCGCUGUGAAGGGCGGGUAGAGGUGGAACGCCAAGGCCAGUGGGGCACCGUGUGUGAUGAUGGCUGGGACCUGAAAGAUGUGGCCGUGGUGUGCCGGGAGCUAGGCUGUGGAGAAGCUAAGAAAACACCCAGUGGUGGGAUAUAUGGGCCACCAGCAGAAAAAGACCAAAGUGUCCUCAUCCAAGGGGUCGAAUGCACUGGGAUGGAAGACACGCUGGCCCAGUGUGCGCAAGAUCAGGACGUUUUCGACUGCGCCCAUGAGGAGGACGCCGGGGCGCUGUGUGAGAACCCAGAAAGCAAUGUCUCCCCAGUCCCGGAACGCAUUCGGCUGGCCGAUGGCCCUGGUCGCUGUGAAGGGCGAGUGGAGGUGCUGUCUCGGGGCCAGUGGAGCACCAUGUGCAAAACAGGCUGGGGCCUCCGGGCUGCUAAGGUGGUGUGCCGGCAGCUGGGAUGCGGAAGGGCACUACUGACCCACAGACAGUGCAACGAGGCUGCCCAGGGUCAAGGGCCCAUCUGGAUGAACCAGGUGUUGUGCUCUGGACAAGAAGCCAACCUCCAGAGCUGCCCCUUUAAGCCUUGGGAGAACAACUGCACCCACGAUGAGGACGUGUGGGUGAAGUGUGAAGGUGCCUUUGAGCUGAGGCUGGUGGGAGGAGACAGCCUGUGCUCUGGGAGGCUGGAGGUGCGGCACAGGGGCGUGUGGGGCUCUGUCUGUGACGACGGCUGGGGAGAAAAGGAGGACCAGGUGGUGUGCAAACAACUGGGCUGUGGGGAGUCCCUCCAACCGGCCUCCAGAGCCCGCAAAAGCUAUGGGCCUGGGACAGGCCUCAUCUGGCUAGAUGACGUUGCUUGCUCGGGGAAGGAACAGUCCCUGGAGCAGUGCCGGCAUAGGCUUUGGGGAUAUCACAACUGUGACCACAAGGAAGAUGUGGGUGUCAUCUGCUCAGAGUAGGGUCCUGGCCGAGCUCAACCUGAAACCCUGGGCCCUGCUUGCUCCCCGCUUUUUUUCACAUGGGA